AUGCCGCAAAUAGCUUCCGUUUUUUUGUUGUUCUCCAUGCUUUCUCCUCUCUUGACUUUUCCCGCGUCCGUGUCACAACAAGGGAGAGAGGGUUGGGGGGAGUCUGUGCUGUGCGUGUCUUUUUCCCUCUCUCAUUGUUGUGGAGUUCACUUUUCCCUUUUUUCUGUCAUGUGCCUUGUUCUCUCUUUUUUUUGUGUGCACGCACGCACAUUUUUUUACUGCUAUGCAUGGCAUUUUAGGUUUUCGCAUUACAUUCAAUCGUCCGUUCUUCCAACUGCCAAAAUGGGGUCUCCUAAGAUCGUGUACUCCGCCCUCAUAAGGAACACCACCACGAUUUCUGUGACGGUGCUUGUCACCUAUUCCAUGCCGAACGAAAUGCCCCAGGAAACUGUGCAAUUGCUCAUUCCACCAGGCGAAGAAAAGGAAGCGCCCCAGAAAUUGGUGGAGGACGGUACAGUAACCUGGACAGGCUUUAUUAGCAAGGUUGCCGUUGAGGGUGGGCAGUCUAUGAGUGCUCCUUUCCUGGGAGUGGAAUCUCCUACGAGAAAAUACGGUUUUGAAGUUUACAUGCAAGUCGGCAUGCUGCGGCUAUUAGCAUUGGGCCCUGUCGAAUCAAGCAGUGAUUGA